AUGGCUUCUUGGUGCCUCCUCCUGCUAGCUGCUUCUGCUGCUUCUGCUGCGGCGCAGCUCUGCAAGGAUCAGGGUUGCAUCGCAGUUUUCAGGAGCGGUGCAGAGUGCCAGUGCUUCCCCGGCUGCGACGUCUACGAAGAUUGUUGUUCAGACUACGCCACUGAGUGCUUCGACUCGAAGGGCCGCUUUCGAACGACUGUGACCGGAGAUGAGUUCGCCUCGCAGAGCUCGACGACGUCGCAUCACCCGCAGCUGCGCCACAAGUCCUGGUCUACCAGUUCAUUGCGGAGCGCUUCUGCAAGCUGUGUGGACAGAGGCUGCAGCCAAGAGUUCGAGCCCGACCAGCCUUGUCAGUGCAACUCUGCUUGCGUGAACCACGACAGCUGUUGCCACGACUUUCUGAAGGUUUGUGGUGCGAAGAUCUCUGCCGGCCAUCCUGACGUCCCGGAAGGGUCUUGCAGGACAUAUGGUUGUGCGGACACCUACGUGGGGGGCCAGAGCUGCCAGUGCAAUCCAGGCUGCACACUUCACAACAAUUGCUGCCAGGAUUAUUCUGACGAAUGCCCAAGCCAAAGUCAAGGCGCCCUGCACGGCGCGGGCUGCAAGAGCUAUGGCUGUGGCCCCUUUGAUGCGGCACAGAGCUGCCAGUGCAAUGAAGUCUGCCUGAAUCAUGGAAACUGUUGCGAGGACUACCAGGCCACCUGUGCAGCCAACACGAAGGCCACAAGCGCCUCCUGCUCGUCUUACGGGUGCGGGCCCUUCUCUGUGCACCAGGCCUGUCAGUGCAAUGCGGGGUGUUUGCAGCACAGGAACUGCUGCCCUGACUUUGAGGCGCAGUGCCUGAGCCAGAACCGGGUGCAAGGACGCAGCUCCUGUGCGGAGCUGGGCUGUGGUUCCUCGGGCCCUUUGUGCCAAUGUAACGAAGGUUGCAUGAAGAAAGGGGACUGCUGCGCGGACUACGAGGCAACCUGCCACUUACCGAAGCAGCCCUUAGGUAGCUGCGCCAUUCUUGGCUGCAUCACAUUCAGACAGGGCAAUGACUGUCAAUGCAACGUAGGUUGCGAGAAACAUGGCAACUGCUGCGUCGACUAUUCUAGUUUUUGCGGCGUUCUUGAGGAAUCGCAUGGGACCAUCCUGCAGUGA